CGAUUUCCCGUUUCUUGACGCGACGAACGCAUCCUCGGGCUUUCGUCGAACGGCCGGGACUCGCAUGCUCCAAUUCCGUGUGUCACUCCGUCGAAAUACACUCUCGUUAAACGAAUUUCCGCCUGGGGAACGUUUAAAAAGUUUCUCUAUCUCUCGCAAAGAAGAUCAAUAUAUCUCUACUUGUUGGCUACAAAUGAUCGAGUCUAUGCUACGUACGCUGAAGCUGUCAGGCCACGUUGGAUUUGACAGUUUGCCUAGUCAGUUGGUGAACAAAUCAGUGCAGAAUGGAUUCGUGUUCAACAUUCUCUGCAUCGGUGAAACUGGACUGGGGAAAUCCACGCUUAUGGAUUCCCUUUUUAACACCAGCUUCGAAUCUAGUCCCAGUCCCCAUAACUUACCGUCCGUAAAACUUAAGGCGCAUACCUACGAAUUGCAAGAGAGCAAUGUUAGACUGAAGUUGACCAUCGUCGAUACGGUCGGUUAUGGUGAUCAAAUCAACAAGGAAGACAGCUUCAAGGCAGUCGUCGACUACAUAGAUGCGCAGUUUGAAGCUUAUUUGCAGGAAGAGUUAAAAAUCAAACGCAAUUUGGCAACCUAUCAUGAUAGCCGCAUCCAUAUCUGCCUUUAUUUUAUAUGUCCCACUGGUCAUGGCUUGAAAUCCAUUGAUCUAGUAUGCAUGAAGAAGCUGGAUACCAAAGUUAAUAUCAUUCCAAUCAUUGCUAAAGCAGAUACAAUAUCAAAGACUGAGUUACAAAAAUUUAAAAGCAAAAUAAUAUCCGAGUUGCAAAACAAUGGAAUACACAUUUAUCAGUUUCCCACCGAUGAUGAAAGCGUAGCGGAUAUAAACUCCACCAUGAAUACUCAUGUACCCUUCGCCGUCGUUGGCAGUACCGAUUUCGUUCGCGUGGGCAAUAAAAUGAUGCGUUCUCGUCAAUAUCCGUGGGGUACAGUUCAAGUCGAAAACGAAUCUCAUUGUGAUUUCGUAAAACUACGCGAGAUGCUGAUAAGUACCAAUAUGGAAGAUAUGCGUGAGAAAACGCACUGCCGUCACUACGAACUUUACCGGAAAAAGAGAUUGGAGCAGAUGGGUUUUAGUGACGUUGACAGCGACAACAAGCCUGUAAGUUUUCAACAGACGUGCGAAGCGAAGAGAUCCAUUCACUUGCAAGAGUUGCAACAAAAAGAGGACGAGAUGCGACAGAUGUUUGUUGCUCGAGUGAAAGAAAAGGAAGCUGAAUUGAAAGAGGCAGAGAAAGAUCUUCAUAGUAAGUUCGACAAGCUGAAGAAAGAUCAUACUGAAGAAAAGAAGAAGUUAGAAGACAGUCGUAAGAAACUUGAGGACGAUAUAAUCGAAUUCAAUAGACGAAAAGCGCAGUUUGCGCAACAACCCCCACAUCACACGCUGACGUUAGGCAAAAGCAAAAAAAAGUAAAACAUUUCAUCAUGGCGAUACCUUUUUAUACAUUUAAAUCAUGACCAUGCAUUUUAAUU